AUGAUUCAUUUAGGUCUUAUUUAUCCAAUUACAAAAUCAACUAAAUGUAGUUUAAAUGUCAACUUAUUCAAUCAUUCAAAUGCUAACAAUGAUGAUAAUGAUAAUAACAAUUAUCAUGAAGAAUUGAUCCAUUUACGUCAAUCAAUUGAAUCCUAUCGUGAUUCUUUACAAACUGAUCUAAUCGGGACAAUUCAAUCCUCUGAAGCUGUAUUACAUUUAAUUGAUCAAUUACGUUGUCUCCCUAAUACAAAUCAAUCGAUUACAAUGUUAAAUAGUGUAACUAUGUUAUCACCACCAUCUAUUGAUACCCAUUUAAUUUAUCGUCAAUUGAAUACAUGGAAAGAUCAAUUAAUCGAUAUAUUGAUUAAUUGUGGUACCAAUGUAUGUUUAACUAUUGUAUUCAAUCGAUUAAAUGCUUUAACACAAUUUAUUGAUUUAAAUAAUCCUAAUCAAUAUAAUAAGAAUUCAGUCGAAAUCAUUAAAACAAAAGAAUUAUUAUAUAAAAAAUUAUGGCCAUCUUUAUCUCAUAUGAAUGAAUUAAAUAUUGAACAAAUCAAUCAAUUAUAUCAAUUCUGUGAAAAAUCAAUCAAUAUCGAUCAGAAUUAUGUGUGUUUAAUGACCUUGGUGAAUUUAAAUUCCCGCAUUGAAAAUUAUGAACAAUUUGAUUAUUUUAAACAAAUUAUCAAACAUAUUGAAUAUUUAUUAAAUCUAUCUAAUCAUAAUCAUAAUUUAUUAUUAACAAUAGGAAUAUCAUUAAGUAAACAAUUACAUUAUCCGAAUUUAACAAAUUCUUUAUUAGAAUUAUUGUUUAAUGAUCAAUUACCAUCGAUUAUACAUACAUUAAUUAUUCAAGCAAUUGAUGAAAUACAUUUUUCAAAAGAUUCUAAUCACCAUAGUAACAAAACACAACUUAUUGAAAUUACAACAAAAUUAAUUGAAAUCUUUUUAACUAUACCAAUUCAUUUUAAUAAUGAAAUAUUAAUUAAUUAUGAAAUAUUUAAAUUAUUAUUAUUAUCAUCAUCCUCUUAUUUAUCUUCCAUAGAGAUUACUUAUUUAUUACGUCAAUUAUCUAAACAACAGAGAUGGACAUUAAUUAAAUUAUGUCGUCAAUUAAUUAAUCAUUGGUGUCAAUUACAAGUAUUGAAUAAUCAUGAAUGUGAUUGUUUAAAUGGUUUAUUACCGAAAUGUCAAUUAUAUUUAGCUGGUAGUUGGUAUGGUUUAAUUGGUGAUCAUAAUUAUAAUCAACAAUUAAAAUUGAUUGGUAAAUCAAUAUUAUUACAUAAUGAAUUGAUUCAUAUUAAUAAUCAAUUAUUGAUUGAUUAUCAUUCAUAUCUUGUAUAUGAUUCAUAUAAUGGAUUACAAUUAUCAAAUUUUAUGAUGAAUUUAAUCAGUAAAGAUGAUGAAAUAUUAUUAUUUAAUUUUAAUAUACAAGCAAAUGAAUUAAAUAAUUUAAUUAAUUUAUCAUCCCGUAAACAACAAUCACCAUCUUCAUCUUCAUCAUCGACGAAAACAUUGACGACGUCGACCUCGACGACAACGACAACAGGAGAGACAUGGGUGAAUUAUGAUUUAAAUUAUUUAGGUAUAUCAUUAUUACCAAAUGAAUUAUUUUCUGGUGGAUUAUCAAAUUUAAUGAAAUUAUUCUUAUCAACAACAAAUCAAUUUACAUCUUUUUUGAAAAUAAUUCAAUUACCAAUAGAUCAAAGAAUUCAAACAACUAUAUCUUCUGGAUGGUUAAUACAAAUUGAUCAUUUAACUAUAUUUACAAUGAAUAUAUUAAAUGCCAUAGAAACUAAUUUAUGGUAUUUCACAGGACGUAAUAAUCUUAGAAGUAAAAUUGGUUUAAUCAAUGAUAUAAAAAUUCAUUUAGUUCAAUUUUAUAAUGAAGAUAAUACAAUGAAUAUGCCUAGAUCCCAAUUGUAUAUUCAUAAAGGUAAUGCUAUACAAGGUUAUAUUGAUUUUAUUACAAAUAUACAUAUUAAUCAUUUACCUGAUAGUAUUUGUUUAUCAAUGAAUCAAGGUGUGAAUACAUUUAUUGUACAAUGGUAUACAAUGAAUAAUACUACUACUACUACUCAAUAUUCAUCAUCGACUACAAUACAAAAUCCUUCUUCACUUUCUUCUCCGCCUUCUUCUUCGCCUUCUUCACCUUCUUCUUCUACUUAUCAUUAUAUAUCGAAUUAUACAUUACAACCUGUAUCCUAUUUUCUAGGUUAUGAUAAUUCAUUACAAUGUAAUAAAAUGAAAGCAAAAACAAUUUGGUGA